GGGGGGGAGUUGGGAGACCGGCCCUCGUCCUUGGGCCGCCGGGGCCUGGCGGGCCCUCGGUGCGGGGCCUGGGCCCGGGGCGCUGCGGGGACGGGGCCGCUCUGCCCCCGGGACAGCCCCCCGGGACCGCCCCCUGGGACAGGCCCCCGGGACAGCCCCCCGGGACAGCCUGCGCAGCCCCCGGGGACGCUCAACCAUGAGUGGAAAUGAGGACGACUGGCUGGCUCUCAAACCCCAGGAACCUUCUCCAUCCCAGUGCUGUGGCAGCGGCUGCAAACCCUGCAUCUAUGAUGUGUAUGAGAAGAAGCUGGCACAAUGGGAGAGGGCCAAAGCAAAGCAAGACAAAAGCCUCCUCACAGAGGAGAAGGAGCAGAGCAAUAAUUCAGAGCUGAAUCCAGAUACAUUUACUGCAUUCAACAUAAGCUCGGUGGAGCAGCUAACAGAGGACACCUACCAGUACAAAUUUGAAUUACCAGGAAAUAGCAGCCUGCACUUGAGUUUAGGACAACAUAUCGUGUUAAGAGGAGUGGUGGAUGGUGUGGAAGUGCAACGAGCCUACACUCCCAUCAGCCCAGGGAAUGCAGAGGGGUACUUUGAUGUUUUAAUGAAAUGCUAUGAAGCUGGGCUCAUGUCACAGUACAUCAAAACAUGGAAGAAAGGAGACAUGGUCUUCUGGCGUGGGCCGUUUGGAGGGUUCCCAUAUCAACCUAAUAAGCAUGGAGAACUCCUCAUGCUGGCAUCUGGCACUGGCCUUGCACCAAUGCUUCCCAUCCUCCAGUCCAUAACAAGCGACGAGGAGGACGAAACCUUUGUAACCCUUGUUGGCUGCUUCCGUACUUUUGGCAACAUUUAUUUGAAGCCUCUUCUCCAGGAUCUGGCUCGGUACUGGAACAUCAGAAUAUUUUACGUCCUAAGCCAGGAAACAUCACUGGAAGAACUUCCUUGGAGCUAUCAGGAGAACACGUACACUGGCCGUCUCAAUGAAGACUUGAUGAAGACAAUAAUAAGUUCCUGUCGAAGAAAGCCAUUUGUAUUAAUCUGUGGCUCUUCUGCAUUCAAUGAAGAUAUGAGUAGAUACUUGAAAGCUGCAGGAAUUGAAGAAAGUUCCUGUUUUGUUUUUUAGCAGGACAUUCCAGACCUGAGGAACAUUAGGCCAAGCCUUAGGCAUCCUUGUUUCUCUGAGGACGUUGCUGAAAAUUGGUCAUCUGGAGUUCCUUGUGAAUAUGCUUUCAUAGGCCCUUGGAUCAAAUACAUGUCUCCAGUAUGAUUCUUAAAACACUCUCAAGUGUUUUAAGCAUCAGGUGCCACUCCAGAGCAGCUGCUACAAUCACCCACACCUCAGGGAACAGCAUAGUAAUGUUAGGGGAAGUCUCCACAUGACAUAUUAACAGAUCUCCCAAGGGUACUAAAAAGCAUCCAAGUACAUGGCUCUGCUGUAAUAUGAAGACUGGUGACUUGCUUAAUGAUCUGUGUUAGUCUGCAGUGGAAUUGUGCCCUGUUAGGUGUCCAGAGGAGAGAUCUAGUCCUUGAGAAGACAGCGUGGUCAAGGGAACAGCAGAGGACUGGUCUGGCACUGGAGUCCAUGAGGUUAAUUUUGGUUGUGUCAUUACCUGACUGGGUGAUGCCAGGCAAGUGACUUCAACCUCUCUGAGCCUCAGGUGCCCUGUUGCUCACUAAUGGAGAGGAGAAGUUGCACCUUUUGUCUCCUUAGACCUCUGUGUUUGCUAACUACACCUGGAAAUACAGCCUUUCUGCACA